ACAAAAGGGGUGGAGUUUGUCAAAGACUACAGACCUGUCUUGCAUGCUGGUACUGGUAGUGACAGUAGAUUCUGAACGAGGACGUUCAUGUUGAACUAAUUGCGUCGCUUGGAGAGCUACAAUGGCCUACCAUGCGGAGGAUAAUGAGGGACUCAUGCCUAAUGUUUACCGUUAUGUCUCGCUUUGUAACUGCAAGUAGCCAUGUCAGUAUUAGUAUACCUGUUGUUAUUAGCGCUAUUCUACGGGGAUGGGAUGAGAUUGACCGCAAGCAGUUUGUCUGCCGCGGGCCAGAUGGCACAGCGCGAUGACGACGAUAUUGUAGACUUUAUUGUUAAGGGCGCAGCAGACCAGCAAGUGGUUCAACAAAUUCAGCAUCAGGACCAGACAGCAUCAGUCUACUCGUCAGGCUCUGUAUUCCCUCUGAAGGUCCAGGUCAAUGACAUGUCAACCCGCCACUUCCUGAGCCUAGCCACAGUGGAGGUGUAUGUGAACUACACCAGGACCAACUCUGCUCUCACCACUGAGGACGGUAGAGUUUUUCUUCAUGUGCCCUACCAACUGGGGUUACCCCUCACCAUCGUGGCUAGCAUGGAUAGUUACCUGCUCACCUUGCUGCCUUGGAAAACCACCAGGAUACCAAUAUUUUCAGCUGUGACCAUGUCCCUGUUGUCCAUAAACCAAGGCAACAUCUGGUGGUUUGACGAUUCAGUUCUGAUAACUGGCAAAACAUCUGAUGCCUUGUCUCAGCCCAGGGUCCAGUUCCCUAAGAGUCUUCUGAACCUGACAGACAGAAGAAGCCUCUCCUCUUUCAGAGCUUACCUAACAACGCCUCAGCCUCCCGCUGGGAAAGACUGCUACGCCUACACCACUGGCCUUCUCAUCAACCAGUCAGGAUACAGCAGCAUUGAGUUGAGCCCCAUAGCAGCUGUCAGUGCUCAACUCUUGUCCAAUGGCAGAGAGAUCCAGGUGACCGGGCCAGUACAAAUCACUCUACCCCUGGGGGACAACUCUGGACUGCAGGCCUCUCAUGCUGUGCCAGCCUGGUCCUUUGACCAUACUACUGGUGCCUGGAUGAACAGAGGACUGGGAAUUAUGAAGAUGGAGGAGGGGAAAUUGUUUUGGACCUUCAUGGCUCCUCAUCUAGGCUACUGGAUAGCAGCACCCAUGCCUUCGAUCAAGGGUUACAUGGGACAUGCCACCCCUAUGGACUUCAUCUCCUACCAUAGCUCCUUGAUCAUGGCUGUGCUGGGAGGAACUCUUGUCUUCUUUAUUGGAGUUUUAGCAGUGAUGCUCUGUUGUCAUAGUGAACCUAAGACAAAGAGGAUCCACGCCGCCAAAAUGGCGUCGUUGAAGAUGGACCAAACCACCACGACAAAUGACAACCAACUCUGCGAAGUGUCCUCUCAAGACUCCACCCACUCUGAAGACGUAUCCCACCAAUUAUUAACGAGGAGGGGCGGUGGCAAAUCGGACGAUUCAGCCACUUCCAAGUACAAUGAUGACCUCAACGUUUACAUUGAGGGUACAGAUCUUAUUGGUCCAGAGUCAUCCAGGCCUUUGCAGCAGGCCCUUCUUGUCAACAGCAGUGACAUUCUGUGGACACGGGACAUUUCUGAGGGGAUACAUCUACCUCUCUCUCUCAAUGAGAGCUUGUUCCUCCAGGACAGACUGCUCCACUUCCACAACCAACCUGUGGCUAUCCGCCAUGCUCCGGGGCUUUGGAGCUCACCAGAGCAGCCCUCUCCGGGAUGCAGGUCUGCCACCCUGCCCCGAACAGGUGGGAUGUACGACCUUGGGCAAGGACAAACUGUGGGCAAGGACAACCUCACCCAGACUUUACCCAAGGCCCCUCUGGCCACUCUGGAGCGCUCCCAGGGGCAUGGCAGGGAGGGGCUUCACGGGGACACGUCCACCUUCAAGCCAGAGUCCUGGAGCCGCUACUACAGCAGCCUCCCAGAGUCUGUCUCAGUCCCUGGCACGCUGAACGAGGCCAGAGGAAGAGGAGGCCACCGCCCUGGGGGUGGGCAUCCCUUUUCCAGCGAGCUCCAGGAAGCAGACCAGAAUUCAGAGCAGACUCCCUCAGAGCUCACCAGGGCCAGGCCCUCUCCUCUCGCCCCGCGGGCGUGGUUUGUAUCCCUGGAAGGCAAACCGGCCGCAGAGAUCUGCCGCAACUCUUCCUCCGUCACGGACUCCAAGAGAAAACGUAGGGUGGCGGGGGACAGCCGUGACACCAGUCUUGACUCUGGAGUGGAUAUGAGCGAGCCCAACAACCAGCCAACUGUUGGGAAUAGGCAGACAACGCUGGAUCGUAGUGGCACCUUUGUCAAGAGAGCCACGCUCCGUAUUAAGCCCCCCCUUCUCGUCUCCGGUGAGGAAUUGAUGAAGGAGUGCAGCGGGAAAGGCGCCAUGGGGGGCCAGACCCCCAAUGAUGACGCCCCCCUGGGGACCGUCCUGGAUGUAAGUGGUGCUAGCGGAACUGCUACCAACGUCUCACGGGAGAGAGGGGAGGGGCCGAGUGCUUGCCCAGAGAGACACUGAGUUCAGGGCUAUAUUCAGUUGUGGAAUGUUCAGCUAUAAAUAUAUUAUGUAGAAUAAACAUGUCCCUCUGACAUGAACAAUAAGUAUUCAUGUCAGUUCUAUUCAUGACAUUUCUAUCUGCAACGCUCCACAACGUUUGCCUACUGAGUGUGACCCUGGGCCACCUCACCCCCAGGAAACCAUGAUAAGGAUAAUGACAAGAAUCUGGCAUCACAUGGAGGAAAAGACACUCACAAAGCUGAACUAGGAGCAUGAGCUGAAGUUGUGUAGGUGAAUAGUCAUAGACAUAAAAUUGCACUGACUGUGUCAAUACAUGUUAUGACAAUGCCUAAAGGUGGUGUUGUACAAUCUAUUGUAUUCAUCUGUCGAAUGCAAACACGGUGAAACUUAAAUGAAUCUUAGUUUCACUUCACAUGUGUUCCAUUUCUUACUCAUAACAUAGAAUGCAUUUGUAUAGGCUGCACCUUUACAAACCCGCCAUGCAUGUGCUUUCCUUAAGUUUCAUUGUGACUCAGCCUGUCUGUAAUUGGCUAUUCUCACAUAAAGAAAGUCUGUUACAUACCUGGAAGUAAGCACACAUUUGCCUCAGCAACAUUUUAACUUGUCAGUACGGAAAGUUGUAAGGUCUCCAGAUUUACAUUUACCACCAGAUUCUGCUCUGUUAGAAAUCCUGUCCUGUGGUAAAUUAUAUCUUCCUGUCCUUUAGCCUUUGAACUGUGUGUUGGGUGAGACGGAUGCUCCCGCUCUGUUGAAAACCAGCUGUUGUUCAUCUAGUUUACGGGACUCUAGACUUCUCUCAUUCCACCUCUGCCACUUAAAUGUAACUGCAUGUACUUGUUGGUACUUCACCACGGUCAUGGUUUAUCAACUAAAGUCUAUUAUUCUUGUCUUCCCUAGAUUUUGUACAAUUUAUAAUGGCAUGAGUUGUUGCUUAAGUCAAGAGAAUAUUGAAGGACUAAUUACAUUUUCAAAUAUGCUUGUGUGAGCCUGUUAUGAUGCAUAUGAGUUUUCUUGUAAAUGACUCAUCACUGGUUGGCACAGAGGCUUAUAAAAAUGUGUAUGAUAUUUCAGUUCAACAGAUCACAUACAUAACUAGCAUUAGCCACAACAAUUUGGAAUUCAUAACAUAUCAUACGUUCUGCAAAUUCGUAACGUAUAUUACAAAUUGCAAUUCGUAACAUAUCAUACAAAUUGUAAUUUGUAACAUAUCAUAGGAAAUGGAUGAUGGACAUUCACAAAUGAAUACAUACCAUACGAAAAGUAACAAAUCAUACUAAAAGGCUGUCCAGAUAUAUAUUUACUCUGUUACGUCUACCCCUGAGUCCAGGUUGUUGCCACGUGUAAUUAUUGGUGGUGGUGCUAUUUUUUAUUGACAAAAUCAGGACAAUAUCAUCUUUAAGGGAAAUAUUUUUCUAAAAAAUGCAAGACAAUAUAUUUUGAUUAUGUUGACUAUGGUUCUUUACAUUCCAAAUAUAAAAUGUAAAGGUGCAGUUUGAAGAUUUCCCACCGCAUUACCUUUAAAUGAAAUGUUGAAUUACUUACGUUGUCAACCUCCAAGAAGGAGAGGUCCAAUAAAUUAGACUGAAAGAAACAUCUGUAGGCCUAUAAACAUCUAUCGGCCUAUACAGGCCAAGAGUUGGACUUGCAAUGACAGUCUGUGUUUGACUUUGUCAUACUGACACACCCCAUCAUAAUAGACAAUACAUGUGCAGGUAGUUAUCUAAACAUGGACCAUUGAUGUUUAAGCCAUAUUUAAAUACAUUGUAAUGCAAUAACUAGAAAUGUACAAUCACCUCUCUGAUCACUGAUAAAAUGUGAACACAAAACAUCAGAAAACACUAGUAACUUUAUUAUUAACACAUUAUUCAGAGCACGUUAGUGAGGGUACGAGGUUCCACAGACACAAACACCCAAUGUCCAAUCUUGCUUCAUUAUUAAAUCAAGUAAAGAUACAAUAAUCCUAAUAAAACUGGGUAAAAUGAGUUCCUGAAUGUGUCUAGAUAUUGCACAGGAAAAUGUAAGCUCAGUGUUCCAUUUCUCAGCCAACCUAUUUCUAUUUUAUUUAAACUUGUUCCACUCUUACAAGUGUCUUGUGUAUUUUUGGCUGCAUGUCACUGCCCGCUCAACCCAGAUCUUAGAACCAGUAAAUGUUUUGCCUGCCCAGUGAGACAGGGGCUUCAGUUUCACCCCUACCCUGGGAUGUCAAGGAAAGGUCAAGUACAAGAGCACCUGGCAUAGCAUGGAGGGAAGGUCCACUAUUAAAUGAUGCUCAACUAGGAGCAUGUUCUGGAGGUUAAGUUGGUGAACAACAGUUAUGGGCACAAAUUGUACUGACAUGUUAUCACAAUGCCGACAGGUGUUGCAGUACAUGUAAUGUAGGGUAUGUAAAUACUUGUCAUUUUACAUUUAAGUCAUUUAGCAGACACUCUUAUCCAGAGCGCUUUACAGUAGUGAGUGCAUACAUUUAAAGAAAAGAAAAUGUUAAAUCGGUCCCCGUGGAAAUCGAAACCAGAACCCUAGCGUUGCAAGCGCCAUGCACGAACAACUGAGCUACACAUUACUCCUCAAAGUGAAUCUUACUGCGCAAUCUUGGCAACAUGUCACGCAAGUCUGUACUUUUAUUUUCGUUUCAUGUGUUCACCAGUUGUGUUAACGUAGUAAUAUAAAGCAAAGAGUUUGCCUCAGCCACAUUUGAGCUUUUCGGGACUUUUUCACGUUUUUAAGUCUUUUCAGUCUUAAGAUUUACAUUUACUACCGGAACCUGUGCCGUUAGACCUUUAUCGUUUGGCCAUGGAAUUUCUGAAAUCACACAAGGAGGACCUGCGCAAGUGGUUAUCAGCGAUGGAUGCUCUGUAUAUCAUUGCCAAGUGUGAAGAUAUCCUAACAGCUAAACAGGAUAAGGAUAUUCGCAAUCAAGAAACGGAUGAUAGGAAGAUCAGUCGUCUUUUGGAGACAUUCAUUGAAAUGGAAGAUAGUAAAUGUCAGGACUUCCUUAAGAUUCUGAAGGAAGAGCAGACACAUUAUCCAGGCCUUAAACAACAUUUCAUCAAGAGCACACAAGCUUCUUCCAGCCCAACGGUGCAUGCGGAUUGCAACAGCACUGUUGAUACCAGGAAAGUCACCAAUGUCCGAGGUAUAAAAGACUUAGACAUGCAUGUAACCGUUCAAGCAGGAUCAGGGAAUCCAUCUGGAAUGAUCGGUAGCCAACCACCCCCAUGUGCAGAUAUGGUUGCAACUAAACACAGCCAUAUAUUUGCAUCAGCGAUAUCGAACUGUACAAUCGAUGGCAACCUCAACAUGUCUGUGAUGCAGGCCCCAGCCCCCCAGGCCCCGCAGUGUCCAGUGCCACCAAAGCAAACAGAAGAUGUGUCCUCUUCUCAGGGCCCUGCCAUGAAAAUGAUCAUUGAGAAUAAGGUGAAACUCAUCGACUGGCUCCGAGCAGAUUCUGUCUUCAUUCUUCAACAUGUGCACUCCAAACGUAUUGUUACCGAUAGAGAGUAUCAAGAGCUGAAGAGCCUUUCAGUACCAGAGGCUGCUGUGACCGACCUGAUUGACAAGAUGAUUCUUAAGAAGGAAGAGACAUGCUCUCAGUUUCUUGAUACUCUCAAAGAAAGUGAGGUGAAUGACACCUAUCCCGAACUUAAGAAGUGGAUUACCACCUUAUUAUGACUAGGACCAUCACGGACCAAGAACAUGACAUGUUCUGCAUCGAUCUCUUCAAUUUCAGUCGAAUGUGGGUUUUUGACAAGAAACCGCGCAGCUCUGGUUAGCCGGGUGAAAAACGUGAAGGCCAUUGUCGAUGAUCUGCAGAGUGGAGGUUAUCAUGAUGAAAUGGCUGCCGUCGUGAAUGCCCAGUUGACACCACAAGAAAUGAUGAGGAAGCUCCUGGAUAGCGCGACCAGCACCGGGGCCGUUAACGCCCUGAUUCAAGCCCUUUUUACUCACCAGAAGGAUGUCAUGGAUGACCUGAUUGCUGAAAAUGCUUGAAGAGGUCAAUUGGUUCUUCAUUAUAAUUGAUGUAUAUCAGGGCUAUUUUUACCUUUUUUCUAUCACUUUUUUAUUCAUCUUAGCCACCAGCCUGGUCUCAUAGACUAGUAAACUUACAUCUGGGACACUCAGAAUAGUAUAAUAUGCUACAGUACAUUUGGUAUUGUAUGUUUACAUUAAACGAAUGUAGAGGGGUUGGUUAGGGUGGAUGAGUAUUCGUAUGAUGCAACGUGUCAACUACUUGCUACUUUUUUAUCUACUUUGCAACUACUUAGCAUGUUAGCUAACCCUUCCCCUAACUCUUAACCCUAAUCUUAACUCCUAACACUAACCCCAAGGCUAGCUAGCAUUAGCCACAACAAUUUUGAAUUCAUAACAUAUCAUACGUUUUGCAAAUUCGUAACAUAUUACAAAUUGCAAUUCGUAACAUAUCAUGCAAAUUGUAAUUUGUAACAUAUCAUAGGAAAUAGAUGGACAUUCACAAAUGAAUACAUACCAUACGAAAAGUAACAUAUAAUACUAAUUGGCUGUCCCGGAUAUAUAUUUACUCUGUUACGUCUACCCCCGAGUCCAGGUUGUUGCCACGUGUAAUUAUUGGUGGUGGUGCUAUUUUUUGACAAAAUCAGGACAAUAUCAUCUUUAAGGGAAAUAUUUAAAAAAAAAAUGCAAGACAAUAUAUUUUGAUUAUGUUGACUAUGGUUCUUUACAUUCCAAAUAUAAAAUGUAAAGGUGCAGUUUGAAGAUUUCCCACCGCAUUACCUUUAAAUGAAAUGUUGAAUUACUUACGUUGUCAACCUCCAAGAAGGAGAGGUCCAAUAAAUUAGACUGAAAGAAACAUCUGUAGGCCUAUAAACAUCUAUCGGCCUAUACAGGCCAAGAGUUGGACUUGCAAUGGCAGUCUGUGUUUGACUUUGUCAUACUGACACACCCCAUCAUAAUAGACAAUACAUGUGCAGGUAGUUAUCUAAACAUGGACCAUUGAUGUUUAAGCCAUAUUUAAAUACAUUGUAAUGCAAUAACUAGAAAUGUACAAUCACCUCUAUAACACUGAUAAAAUGUGAACACAAAACAUCAGAAAACACUAGUAACUUUAUUAUUAACACAUUAUUCAGAGCACGUUAGUGAGGGUACGAGGUUCCACAGACACAAACACCCAAUGUCCAAUCUUGCUUCAUUAUUAAAUCAAGUAAAGAUACAAUAAUCCUAAUAAAACUGGGUAAAAUGAGUUCCUGAAUGUGUCUAGAUAUUGCACAGGAAAAUGUAAGCUCAGUGUUCCAUUUCUCAGCCAACCUAUUUCUAUUUUAUUUAAACUUGUUCCACUCUUACAAGUGUCUUGUGUAUUUUUGGCUGCAUGUCACUGCCCGCUCAACCCAGAUCUUAGAACCAGUAAAUGUUUUGCCUGCCCAGUGAGACAGGGGCUUCAGUUUCACCCCUACCCUGGGAUGUCAAGGAAAGGUCAAGUACAAGAGCACCUGGCAUAGCAUGGAGGGAAGGUCCACUAUUAAAUGAUGCUCAACUAGGAGCAUGUUCUGGAGGUUAAGUUGGUGAACAACAGUUAUGGGCACAAAUUGUACUGACAUGUUAUCACAAUGCCGACAGGUGUUGCAGUACAUGUAAUGUAGGGUAUGUAAAUACUUGUCAUUUUACAUUUAAGUCAUUUAGCAGACACUCUUAUCCAGAGCGCUUUACAGUAGUGAGUGCAUACAUUUAAAGAAAAGAAAAUGUUAAAUCGGUCCCCGUGGAAAUCGAAACCAGAACCCUAGCGUUGCAAGCGCCAUGCACGAACAACUGAGCUACACAUUACUCCUCAAAGUGAAUCUUACUGCGCAAUCUUGGCAACAUGUCACGCAAGUCUGUACUUUUAUUUUCGUUUCAUGUGUUCACCAGUUGUGUUAACGUAGUAAUAUAAAGCAAAGAGUUUGCCUCAGCCACAUUUGAGCUUUUCGGGACUUUUUCACGUUUUUAAGUCUUUUCAGUCUUAAGAUUUACAUUUACUACCGGAACCUGUGCCGUUAGACCUUUAUCGUUUGGCCAUGGAAUUUCUGAAAUCACACAAGGAGGACCUGCGCAAGUGGUUAUCAGCGAUGGAUGCUCUGUAUAUCAUUGCCAAGUGUGAAGAUAUCCUAACAGCUAAACAGGAUAAGGAUAUUCGCAAUCAAGAAACGGAUGAUAGGAAGAUCAGUCGUCUUUUGGAGACAUUCAUUGAAAUGGAAGAUAGUAAAUGUCAGGACUUCCUUAAGAUUCUGAAGGAAGAGCAGACACAUUAUCCAGGCCUUAAACAACAUUUCAUCAAGAGCACACAAGCUUCUUCCAGCCCAACGGUGCAUGCGGAUUGCAACAGCACUGUUGAUACCAGGAAAGUCACCAAUGUCCGAGGUAUAAAAGACUUAGACAUGCAUGUAACCGUUCAAGCAGGAUCAGGGAAUCCAUCUGGAAUGAUCGGUAGCCAACCACCCCCAUGUGCAGAUAUGGUUGCAACUAAACACAGCCAUAUAUUUGCAUCAGCGAUAUCGAACUGUACAAUCGAUGGCAACCUCAACAUGUCUGUGAUGCAGGCCCCAGCCCCCCAGGCCCCAGCCCCCCAGUGUCCAGUGCCACCAAAGCAAACAGAAGAUGUGUCCUCUUCUCAGGUAGUCAAUUCCAAUUUUGUAUGAGAUGAAAAACGUAAUUAUUAAACAUAAUUAUUGUUUUCUUUGAGAAACAAACAACUUGUCGGUAAAAAUUGCUUCUCUAGGGCCCUGCCAUGAAAAUGAUCAUUGAGAAUAAGGUGAAACUCAUCGACUGGCUCCGAGCAGAUUCUGUCUUCAUUCUUCAACAUGUGCACUCCAAACGUAUUGUUACCGAUAGAGAGUAUCAAGAGCUGAAGAGCCUUUCAGUACCAGAGGCUGCUGUGACCGACCUGAUUGACAAGAUGAUUCUUAAGAAGGAAGAGACAUGCUCUCAGUUUCUUGAUACUCUCAAAGAAAGUGAGGUGAAUGACACCUAUCCCGAACUUAAGAAGUGGAUUACCACCUUAUUAUGACUAGGACCAUCACGGACCAAGAACAUGACAUGUUCUGCAUCGAUCUCUUCAAUUUCAGUCGAAUGUGGGUUUUUGACAAGAAACCGCGCAGCUCUGGUUAGCCGGGUGAAAAACGUGAAGGCCAUUGUCGAUGAUCUGCAGAGUGGAGGUUAUCAUGAUGAAAUGGCUGCCGUCGUGAAUGCCCAGUUGACACCACAAGAAAUGAUGAGGAAGCUCCUGGAUAGCGCGACCAGCACCGGGGCCGUUAACGCCCUGAUUCAAGCCCUUUUUACUCACCAGAAGGAUGUCAUGGAUGACCUGAUUGCUGAAAAUGCUUGAAGAGGUCAAUUGGUUCUUCAUUAUAAUUGAUGUAUAUCAGGGCUAUUUUUACCUUUUUUCUAUCACUUUUUUAUUCAUCUUAGCCACCAGCCUGGUCUCAUAGACUAGUAAACUUACAUCUGGGACACUCAGAAUAGUAUAAUAUGCUACAGUACAUUUGGUAUUGUAUGUUUACAUUAAACGAAUGUAGAGGGGUUGGUUAGGGUGGAUGAGUAUUCGUAUGAUGCAACGUGUCAACUACUUGCUACUUUUUUAUCUACUUUGCAACUACUUAGCAUGUUAGCUAACCCUUCCCCUAACUCUUAACUCCUAACACUAACCCCAAGGCUAGCUAGCAUUAGCCACAACAAUUUUGAAUUCAUAACAUAUCAUACGUUUUGCAAAUUCGUAACAUAUUACAAAUUGCAAUUCGUAACAUAUCAUGCAAAUUGUAAUUUGUAACAUAUCAUAGGAAAUAGAUGGACAUUCACAAAUGAAUACAUACCAUACGAAAAGUAACAAUAAUACUAAUUGGCUGUCCCGGAUAUAUAUUUACUCUGUUACGUCUACCCCCGAGUCCAGGUUGUUGCCACGUGUAAUUAUUGGUGGUGGUGCUAUUUUUUGACAAAAUCAGGACAAUAUCAUCUUUAAGGGAAAUAUUUUUCAAAAAAAUGCAAGACAAUAUAUUUUGAUUAUGUUGACUAUGGUUCUUUACAUUCCAAAUAUAAAAUGUAAAGGUGCAGUUUGAAGAUUUCCCACCGCAUUACCUUUAAAUGAAAUGUUGAAUUACUUACGUUGUCAACCUCCAAGAAGGAGAGGUCCAAUAAAUUAGACUGAAAGAAA